UUUCAUCAGAACAAUUGUUGCAUAACGAUUUGUCUCUUUUGUCGGUCUCGUUGGGUUCUUACUCCAAUCAGUGCGUUCUCCCGUCAUAUUUGAGCUCAAAAUAUUUCUGGUUGGAAACCCAGGUAAAGGAGGGAUAUCAUGACGGAGGGAAUAGGAAAAAGGCAUUAGUUACACCAGAGCUCUUAACUUAGCCCAAGUGAGUACGAUAAACCACUUGUUCCUUUGUGAGCGACAUUAAUCAAACCUUAAUCGAAAUUACAUAAUCUUUCUAGGGAAUAAUCUGUGACCUUGCUUAGCUAAACUGUUGAUUUUUUGCCACACAAAGUCAUCUUCGUACGUAAAGUCAAGGUUUAUAAUGUCAGUAUGCGAAAUGUUACUCAUAAACAGUAGCUUACGCGUAAUGAGAAGUGAAGCGUGACACGGUGAUUGUAAUGUAAGCAGCCACAGUCUCUCUUGGCAUCUGUGCCAGCGAGCCACUUUAUCGUGGUUUAAAACCGACAAAGGUCUUUGGAGAAGUCUCUUUAUCAAGUUCGUUGAUCCAAAGGACCUUAUAUGCAAACCAGGACGGCGACUUCAACGAGAGCGUGGUGAAACAAAAUAUUUAACAAGCAUAACAAUAGCUCUGUUCGUACGUUUUGAAAUUUUGUACGUACCCCAGUUGUAUUCUGCGAAAUAGCAACGUGAAAUUGUAGAAUAUCGCAUAAUCCGAGAAUUGGAACCUCGACAACAGAUCGUUUAAGUUCCCUCUUGGAACUCAGUAACACCUUGACUCAAUGGCGUCCCACAAAUCUCCGCUUUACGUGUUUGUUUACUAAAGCGUUAAUAUUAUUACGCCCUGAUAGAAUCGGAAGUGAAGAAAAAAGAAAUGACAUUGUAGUCAGCUGUUAAAGCCUGUAUGGCAAUUUUCACACGUGCAAAAAUCUGUUUGAGGAACUGCGGCUUUUAAAAAGGUUUUAUUAUCAGUUAAAUACGCAUGGUGGCUGCCCAAGGUGUGUCUCGCUUCGACGGUUUCUGACUUCAAAUGGACAACAAAUGUCUUAGAAAAAUAUCAGGGAAAGAUGUGGAAUGAUACGCUGAUGCUGAGGUUGACUCAAUGUAGACAUACAGAACUGUCUGAUGUAAACUAGAUAGCUUACAGAAUGUUAAGGUGAAUAGAUCACUUGUGCAUGCAUCUCAAAUUAUUUAGUCCAUUUUAUGUCUGCUACUAUUGUUUAUGUGGUUGAAGUUGUUGUCGUUUUUGUUUGUUCAUUCAUUUGUUUGUUGUUUUCUUUUUUAACGAGCUUAAAAGUGCGCGUAUUGGGAAAGAAGAAGAUAGAAAUUACUUACUGAUAGGGUUGUCUACUUAUUACAAAUCAUGCUUUAUGUUCACACAUUAUGCUAAUUUGUUAUGCUCAGUUAAAGCGUGCACAUUACAAUUCACACAAAAAUACAUAGAAAUAUUGGGAUCCAUGUCUUUUACCUAAUUUGUAACCACGCCUGGUCUUGAAAUGUAAUACCUGGCUACUUUGAAACCAAGAUUAAGCGUGGUCUUAAAAAGAUUAAAAUGUGUUAAAAAACGAGCUAGCGGUGUCUCAGUUGGAAUUCCUUCGUUUCUGGCAAAGUUUUUCUAAAACACAGCGUCCAAAAUUUUUUUUUUAUUAUUUCAUUUUUUUCUUAUCUAUUAAUUUUUUUUUGUACUUUUAUUUCAGCAUAAUGCUUGAUUCUCUUGCCUUAUUACUAUUCUCAAAUAAUGCCGGCAUAAUGUGGACGAUCCUACUCACUGAGCUCUUUUAAUUUAAGUACUCUUCAGUUUUCUCUCCUUUUAUCGCCUUUUGCGUUGUACGACAAACUUUGGCCGUGAUUUUUACGAGCCACCCUUCUUACGCAAGCAAUAAUCCUCAAGCGUAAUUACUCUUUGUUGCCAGGUCUCUUGGCGUUCGCGCAAUGUUUAAGGAGCCCGCUAUUCGCGUACCAAGUUUAGUGCGUCUUAGAGAAAUAGCACAAGACACGGGGUUGGAUGUUCCUGAAUCUGAUCUUCGAUCAUACCAGGGUAAGUAAUUAGUUUAUCAUUUAAACUUAGGAGAGUGUGAACGCAGAACUCGAUACUCACAGGACGAUCGGUUAAUACCAAAUUAAAAUAGAGACUUCUUUGACACGUUCCAAGAAACGGUAGUUACAAUAACGAUGUUCACGACGAUAAAGAUAUAAACAAAGUUUAUUGAAGCGAAGCGGUGGGACAUAGUAGAACUUGGAGAUGAAAUAUUGCGCAGCGAAGCGAUGAAAACAGGCGGAGUAAACGACGUAUAAAGCGGUAGGAAGCAGUUUCGAAAAUUAGGAAGAAAAUACAACGGAAAAACUAUAAUUUAAAGGCGAACAAGUACGGUCAACUUUGGAGAACAACUUUUCCAUUAAAAGAUGUGAAAGGUCAAAAGACAUCCAUAUCCGCGUUGGGAAUUUUAGAAGUUGUACCAUAGAUCGUUGAUGUUAAUACGAUGAACUGCUAGCCUGAGCUGAGAGUUUUCCUGAACACGUACGAUUAACUUUACUCAAUAGUACAAAAAAGAAAAAAAAAGCUACUGAACAGCACAGAGAAUGUUAUCUUUGAUUGAGAGCAGUACAAAGAGUAUUAACUUUAAUUAUACCAUUUAAAUAGCUUGAGAAAAUAUGUCCGUUGUUUGGGCCACAGAAAUUCGGAAAUAUCUAUGUCAAGGAAACUCCGAAAUACAUGAAACGCAAAAGAAAAUCACGAAAGGAAAUGAAAAAGCCAAAAAAACUACUUUGCUGGAACAAAUAGGAAGCACGCAGUAAAUGACAAAAAUAAUUAAUUAUAUUGUAUCUUGUAUUCUUUUCAAAUUGCUGUAAAUGCCAUUUUUAACCAAUUUUAAGUAAUUUCUUAUCCCUCUUUUCGGAGGAUUUGUGAGGGACGAAUUUUAACGAGAAAUAUAGUUUUUCUCCCAUGGUAUUGUUGAUAUCUUCUAGAGGCCAUUUCUACUAUUCUGGCUGAUACUUACCAACGGUUGUACGAGUUACCAGACCCCAAACUGCCUGUGAAAUAUCCACGGACACCAGGUUACAGACCAUCACCAGAAGACAACCCUUACAAUGCUUGGUUGGUAAAAAUAAAAAAAAGUUUUCUUCUUAACCUUUUGUUAAAAUUGUUUACCUAUAUUUUUAUUCAUUUAUUGUAUUGUUAUUAUCAUUAUUAAGUUUAUUAUUUUGUAACGAACUUAAGAAAAUUAACGGCACUUUUAAAAUUAAAAAAAAAACAUGUUUCAACAGUUCUUCUGUCAUCUUUAGUUCUGAAUAAUACAAAGUACAAACUUGAAUUUAAAGGGUGUAACAAAAUGCUGAUUGGACAAAACAAACAAUACUAACAGAACAAUGUAUGCAUUUACAAGGAAAGUUUUAAAUUAACAUGAUAAAGUUGGUGAUUAAGAGUAGGUUUCUCCAAUUGAAUGUGGCUAGUUUCUUUUAUUUUAAGUUGAAAACUUGUGGAAGCGUGAUCUAGGAUGUUAAAACAUUCAUCAGAACAAAGAGUGCGACAUUGUGGAGAAUUGUGUAGAUGUCUGAAAAUGUGAGGGGCCCUAUCACUGACCAAGUACUCACGUACACGUGUGGAUGAAUGUCGAGAGGUUUCGCCGACAUAUCAGGCAUUACAGCCCGCACAUAAAAACUUGUAGACCUACACGAUUUGUCCUGAUGAAGUUAUUUUCCAGCGACAGUUGCAGGGGAUGCUGCAAGUGGUAUAUAGCAAGUGUCCUAUCAGUUUACGUUAUUGCCUUGCAUAACAUCCAGAGCCUGGCUUAAUGAUUUAUCUAGCUUGAAGUAUCACUUCUCCUGAAUGGCAUCAAUUCGUAGUAGGGUACUGAUGCCCAAAAACUGCCCCUUCUCAACCCCAUUCACCCUCUUCCCUUCACCCAUCUGUUCAGUUCCAUCAUUGCUCUUAUGGAUGGAGAGAAGCAUCUCUCGCAAAAGAGGGAAGAGCACAAGGAAGUCAAACUCCAACCUUUGCAUGCAGGGUACAACAUACUAAUCACAAGCAAACUAUUGUUUCCGAAGAGUAAGAAAAAAGACUCCGCAACACCUUACCUUUACUGUUGCAGGUUCUGGCGCUGUAACAUCCAAGGAGCAUCAAGAGGUAAGCUUCACGGUAAAACAGUAGCCAUCAAGGACAACACGUGUAUUGCAGGACUUCCCCUUAUGAACGGUUCCCGACUACUGGAAGGCUUUAUCUCGGAUACUGACGCAACAGUAGUGACCCGGAUAUUAGACGCCGGUGGACGCAUUAUCGGCAAAGCUGCCUGCGAGAAUUUAAGUUAUGACGCUGGAAGUUUUACUUCAGUAACAGGUCCAGUACUGAAUCCAUACAACUGUAAAAGAAUGGCUUAUGGUUCUUCAUCUGGUUCGGCAGCUUUGGUGAGGUUCUAAUCUAAAAUCUGAAAUUCGUUGAUGAAUGGAAAGUAUGAUUUUUAAGGGUCGGGCCUGACCAUUAAUCAGUGAAAUCGGUGGAUGUAGGUGACGUCGUCCCGUUGGACGGUCGUGCUAAGUUCCGUAGCCCCAAGUGAAGAACGGUGGCGUUGUCCCCAACUUGAAGGUGGGUCGCCCCCAACUUUUGAUCUAAGUUUAUUGAAGCGAUUUUGAGGUUUAAAAGGUAUGGCUCUUGCGCGAGGGAUAUUUGUGCCAGGUUUUUAAGCAGUCUCAACAUUGCGAUCGCCGGUUGGUUGAAGGUUUUCACACUCGGGCAAUUGAACCUAUAAGCUUUAAAACUUUUGUCAAGAUACAUGAAAAACCUCAAUAAAAGGUACUUCAAUUGUGGGCGACGGAACCAUGGGCGACCGUGCAACGGGGCAACGUCACCUGUUAUUAAAUCGAUCAUUACCCACCACUAGUAGCAGAGCCCGUCUCCUGUUCUUGGACUCAAAUAAAUUAUAAAGGCCGAAUUUUGUUUUUGUUCUUUUAUUUUGUUUAUUUUUAGCAUGGUCAAGUUCCAUGCUCUCAGAGCUUCAGUUUGUUUGUUGUUGUUGUUGCUUUUUUUUAAUAAACCUUUGGUUUGGAACGAGUCAGAAAAUCGAUAAAGUUCACAGAAAAUCCUAAACGAAUUAAAAUGUAACAAACAAAAUUGUUUAUCUUGGUUUUACUUUUUUUGACAGGUUGCCGGUGGUCACGUGGAUAUGGCUUUAGGAGGGGAUCAAGGGGGCUCCAUUAGGAUGCCUGCCGCCGCAUGUGGAAUUGUGGGUCUAAAACCCACAUACGGUUUAGUUCCAUAUACUGGGAUCAUGCAGAUGGAAUUUACACUGGAUCAUGUGGGACCAAUGGCUAGGACAGUUUAUGACACAGCUUUGAUGUUGGAGGUAAGGAUUUACGGAUAGACUUUUCCUUUUCCUUUUCGUUUACAUGAAUGCACUAGGCAUAAGUGAAUUUUUAAAGGGAAUAUCUUAACUUUAUUUCCCCUGUUCAUUUGUUUACGUUUAGGUGAUUGCUGGGCUUGACGGAGACCUCGAUCCCAGGCAGCCAAGAGAUUUGUACAUCGAUGAGACAUACACUUCGAAGGUAACUGAAAUAUUCAAAACGUUUGCGUGAUCGGUGUAAGAAGCAAAGCAGUGGUUAGAGAUUCACCUUCUCUGCAAGUUAGAUGUUGAUAUCUUCUUUGACAAAUCAAUGAUCGCGAGAGAGAGAGUAUAAAGAGAACAUCAAAUAUAUAUAUGUAAUAUUCAGAGAAAUGUGCGCGCCGUGAUUGGUCAGAAAGAGUUCAUUAUAUUUCCAUAAAGCAUGCACCUUACGUCACACGAGUGCACUUUUGAGAUAUAAUGCAUGCAGCCAACCUCAUCGGUACGAGCGCGCGCAACUCGCGAUACAUUUUAUAAAAGAAAUAAAAAACCCUGUUCCUUGGGCAUUGUUGAGUUAUAUAUGCACUUGGGAACUUUUAAGAACACUCGAGAAGUGCUAGAAGCGCUCGCCUUCGGCUCGUGCAUCUCCACACCUCUCUCGUGUUCUUAAUAAUUCCCGCGUGCUUAUAGAACUCAACAAUGCACUCGGCGCGUUUUUUCGUCUUAAAUAUAGUACUGGACUUUAUUUUGUAGUUAUCAGGUGAAAUUUCGCAUCUUAAGCUCGGGAUAUUAAAGGAAGGGUUUGGACUGUUCAGCUCAGAGCCUGACGUUGACAAGCUUGUGAGAAAAGCUGCUGACCAUCUCGGAAGUGCAUCGGGCGCAUUAGUAGAAGAUGUGUCUGUGGCCAUGCACUACGAAGGUAGACAUGAAUUUUUUGUAAAAGUAUUAUUUAAGUGGCGAGAGAGUCACAGAGUAGUUAGUUAGUCAAUAAAACUAUUCAUUGGUCAAUCUGCUUGUCAGGCAUGUUUAGCAGUUCUCUCCGUCAUUCAACUAGUUGGAGAUCUUCCAUCCGUCUCAUUUAUACUCGUUCCUUUAUUCUUUACGUUUUCAUUUUUCCUUUCGUUCAUUCUCACUUCUGUACCCAGGAGCAAGCAUACUUCAAGGUAUAUGCGCAGAAGGGGUGACACGAGCGAUCUUUGAGGCAGGUAUGUUGCUAUUUCGCCUUUAAGCGAAAAAUUUUUUUACUGACUCACGCCGCCAAUAUGUUCCCCGAUUUUGCCCUCGCGCUCGGUUUGUAAGUUAGUAUUUUCCCUGUUCUUAAGUGAAGUUUUCCUGACAGUAAGGUAGUUCCAUUUUUACGAAUUCCUGUCUGUCCUUUCUAUGAAUGAUGAAUGUGGAUUAUAGGGAAGGUCUUGCUCAGAGGUAACACUUUAAAUUCAAUCGACCUGUGCCGCAGAGACUAGAAUAAACCUUAGCGGUCAUGGACCCAAAUGGUUAUGUAAUUAGUGUUCGUGCAAUCGCGUUGUGCAGAGUGCUUUUUGAUGCGGCAUCGUUAUUCCAAAUGAGAACUGGUAAAUCAGUGAGAACUCAAGUGAAACCAUGUGAAUCACCUGGAGCACGUGAUUAAGGCGAGUGACCCUUUCUGUUUGAUUGGGAGGUUAGCGAAAGUUCUGUAGACCAAUCACAAAACGUUGAGAAGCUAAACAAGCAGAAUCCUGUUUAUUGUUUGUUUGUUUCUUUUUUUAUACUCCGUUGAACAUUACCUUUGGAAGGAUAAACAAGAGGCGUUUCAUGAUCUUUUAGGGUUUGGAACUAGCUCAAAGAUGUAUUACGACAGAACGCUUCAUGAGGCUUUUUCACGAGGCCUGAAGACACACCUGAACGAUUUGCCAAUCACCAUCAAAAAAGACAUUUUACUUGGACGCUUCCUUUUAACAGAAUAUAAUGGGAUUUUCUACAGCAAGUCGCAAAACUUGGGACGAGAAUUGUGUAGAGCAUACGAUAAAGUUCUAGAAGAUUAUGAUGUGUUGUUGAUGCCAACUAUUCCCAAAAAGGCGCAGUCUUUCCCGCCUGUGAAACCAUCCAUUGCAGGUAUGAAAGUUAAUGAAUGUAAGAAUGAACAAAUGGAAAAAUAAAUUGAUGCAUAAAAAUCUAAACAAAGAGAAAACACAUCACACCUUACUUCUUUUACAAUCAAAUGCAAGCAUUCAUUUACUGAUCUUUUUGUAUUUUACUUUCACUUAAGUCAUCCAUUAAGCAAUCAUUGGUGAUCCUUGCAAUUUGUCCUUACAAUCUGAUUGCUCUCUGACUCAGUGAUGCGAUUUAUUUACGACUCGUGUUGUUUUUUUGCUUUUCGGCACAUUCUUUGCCCAGCCGACGAGAUGGAAACGCUAAAACAUAACAAGCACUCAGAUUUCAAAGCUAGUUUCGAAUAACCAAUGAAAUUUUUAGGAAAAUGAAAGACAAUUUGAAAGAAGUCAUUGAGUGGUGAAUCUUGCAACUUUUGUCCCCAAAACUGUCCUUUUUUUUCGGUAAAAAAAAAUGAAUCAAUCAAAUUUCUCAGAAUUCCGGUUCCGCUAACUUUAUAAACCAAUAUAUCAGCACUUAUCUGGUGAGUAACAUAGUCCAGUUUUUUUGGAUGGCCGCUGUAACCGGCUCAGAGGCUGGUACUUCAGUUAAGCAAUCGGCGUCAGUUUGGUGUUCAAAGGCUUGCCCGAGACAAAAACUAUUCAAAAAUUUGUUAUUUUCGAAAUCUAUUCUUCACUCUCAGUGAUAUAUAAUUUUCCAUGUUUUCCUUCAAAGUAGCGCGCGGGGAACGAUGUUUCCGGAAGGCAACCUAUCUUGAUGACAGUGACCUUAAUUAGAUUCUAGUUACAAUCAAGGAUUAAAUAGACUCGUUCUCUUUCAGAUUAUUUGAGGAAAGUUUCUUACAUUGGAUUCAUUACAUUCAACACUGCACCUUUCAAUGUCACAGGACACCCAGCCCUGUCAAUCAACGCUGGCUUCAGUGACGGCUUACCAGUUGGUAUGAUGAUUGUGGGAAGAAAGUUUGACGAGGCUACUGUUCUGAACGUUGCUUACGCUUACGAGAAGAUAAGGCACGCCGAAGAUAAUAUAUGCUUAAUUGAAUAAAUGCAUGGAAUAGUCAUUUUCUUAUAAGUCAGUUUGAGGAUUUGCUCCUUUAAAACCACACGAACCUUUCCUAUCCUAUUUUGACUGGUCAUUACUGUUAGCUGGAGUGAUAAAGAAAAAGAGGAUAAUAUGAAUGUUUAUGUCGUCCACUAUGCCCAGGGGUGGGGAAUUUUAACCUUGCCCUUCUGGGGUGGAGAAUUUGACCCGGGAAUUUUAAGUCUUUCCAGCGGAAUAAACGUAUUUUAACUUUUAACAUGGAGGUGUUUAAAAGUGAAAAAAUUACUUUCGCGAGCAGAUGGCUCAGUAGAAAUGGUCUACAAGAAAGUCCCUGAUACAAGUCAUGUCUUUACAACAAAAAUGACCAUAAAAUCCAGCGCUUGGGUGGGGCAUUUGAAGCCGAUUUUGCCCCGGGGGCGAGAAUUUGAACAAACUAAUCUUCACAAGUUCAGAUGAUCGGAGGGUUGCCCG